UUCUGGUAGCGCCGUAUUUUUUUUCCGGUUGUUGGCUCCUGCUGGCCCCUCCCUGACUGGUCCUUGGGCCCCUGGUCCCCCUCCCUCCGCGGCCCCUCGCCGCCGGGCCCGCAGCCACCAUGAAGAAAUUCUUCCAGGAAAUUAAGGCUGAUAUCAAGUUUAAGAGCGCGGGACCUGGACAGAAGCUCACGGAGUCGGUGGGGGAGAAGGCCCCCAAGGAAAAGCCCAACCAGCCGGUGUUCCGGCACUCCCGCCAGGGACCCACCGAUGAGGCGCAGAUGGCAGCGGCAGCAGCCCUGGCGCGGCUCGAGCAGAAGCAGCCCAGGGCCCGGGGCCCCAUGUCACAGGACUCCAUCCGGAACCAGGUGAGAAAGGAACUUCUAGCUGAGGCGACUGUCAUUGGGAGCCCAGACGCCCCAGGGACCAACAUGGUGCCUGAGACCAAAGAGGAAGGUUCAAUCCACCUGGUGGUGCCUGGAGUGUACUUCACCUGCCCCCUCACAGGGGCCAUCCUGAGGAAGGACCAACGGGAGACCCACAUCAAAGAGGCCAUUCUCUCUCAUUUCUCCACUGAUCCGGUAGCUGCCUCCAUCAUGAAGAUCCACACAUUCAACAAAGAACGGGACAGGGUGAAGCUGGGCGUAGACACCAUUGCCAGGUACCUGGACAACAUCCACCUGCAUCCUGAGGAGGAGAAGUACCAGAAGAUCAAGCUGCAGAACAAGGUGUUCCAGGAGCGUGUUAACUGUCUGGAAGGGACCCACGAGUUUUUUGAGGCCAUUGGCUUCCAGAAGGCAUUGUUACCGGUUCCAGAUCAGGAAGGUCCCGAAGAGUUCUAUGUGCUGAGCGAGGCCGCCCUGGCCCAGCCUCAGAGCCUGGAGAGGCACAAGGAGCAGCUGCUGUGCGCCGAGCCGGUGCGAGCCACACUGGCCCGCCAGCGCCGUGUCUUCCGGCCCUCGCCCCUGGCCUCCCAGUUCGAUCUGCCUGCGGACUUCUUCAACCUCACGGCCGAGGAGAUCAAGCGGGAGCAGAGGCUGAGGUCUGAGGCGGUGGAGCGGCUGAGCGUGCUGCGGACCAAGGCCAUGCGGGAGAAGGAGGAGCAGAGAGAGCUGCGCAAGUACACCUACACGCUGCUGCGUGUCCGCCUCCCCGAUGGCUGCCUCCUCCAGGGGACCUUUUAUGCCCGAGAGCGGGUGGCCGCACUGUACAUGUUUGUCCGGGAGGCUUUGCAGAGUGACUGGCUGCCCUUCGAGCUGCUGGCCUCUGGGGGACAGAAGUUGUCAGAAGACGAGAACCUGGCUUUCAACGAGUGUGGGCUGGUGCCCUCUGCCCUCCUGACCUUCUCGUGGGAUGCAGCAGUGCUCGAGGACAUCAGGGCUGCAGGAGCUGAACUGGACUCAUCUAUCCUGAAACCCGAGCUCCUGUCCGCCAUCGAGAAGCUCUCGUGAAAUAAAAGCAGGGUUGGCUUCAGC